GACCGGAACCAUCGCUCUGGCUGAUGUGACGCUCGUGCUGCGGCUGCGUCAGGUGAAGAUCUGUGAACGCAAAUAGAUCCGAGAAUAGACGUUUACUCAGAAUGAAAGAACAAGAUAUCUGACCAAGUGAAGGAAAGAUUCUCUGAGAUCAACUAUUCACCAUCAGGUCGAUCCUCUCGCAGGAUUUUUAAAGUUUGGCUGAAGUCUCUGUCUCCAUCCGACUCCCGGUACGAUGGAGCCUGCUGAGCUGCUGCUCAUCAAAGACCAGCAUGACUCUGCGUUUCACUCCCUGAGCUGUGGGUUGACUGCCGAAGAGGCCGGGGAAAGAGCCGAGGCCCUGGAGUAUUACAGAAAGGGCCGCCAGCACCUGACCUAUGGAGUGGAGGUUCCCACUGGGGGGGAGAGGCACCACGGAGCGGCCUGGGACACGGCCAGGCAGCUCCAACAGAGAAUGAGGGAGGCACUGAGGACUGUCAACACCCACCUCUCUGACCUGGAGACCUCCCAGCCGACAACAGGUGACCAGAGGCAGCGACUGUUACUGGAUCUCAACAAUCAGCCUCCCAGUGGCUCUCUCCUCCACCUGUACCCCACCAUCCCUCCCACCCAGAACACAACCCCAGCCCCAACCCCAAUUCCACUCCCUCCCCGUCCUGUUUCCUCCGCUCUGUACAGAUACUCCCUCUCUGCUGCGGCUCCAGGAGCUAUAGCCAUGGCUAAUCCAGGGGACCAGCCUCCAGCGUACACACCAAAUCCCUCCGACGGGCACCGCAGCCUGGUUUACGGCCCUGCUGGAGCCGGGCUCUGGACGGGGCAGCGGAGCAGAGCGGCAGCAGCAGGACGAGAUGGAAACGAGCUGCUCCUCGUCCCCACUGGUGUGCAGAUGUUUUUUGUGGCACCGAACGGACAGGUCAGCUCCUUGUCUAACCCAGGGUACUUGCGUGUCAUCACAUUUGAUACUGAGAACAAGGAUUCCACUGCGGGACGACCCUCAGCAUUUCUACAUGUGUGUGAUUGGCUGUACCCACUGACAGCAGAAACACCGGUGCUGUUGGCCAACUCCGGGAUCUUCAUGUUCCCUGACUCCUUGGCAGAUACGCCCGGGUCCUACGUGGGCAUAGUGCUGUCCUCUGAACUGCCCGCGGCCUACAGAGAUAUGUUUGUUGACAUCCUAUCGCAGCUCGCCGAACUCAGGAUCCAGGGUCCAGAGGGGUCAGAGGUCGUCAACCUGAGUAUGAAAGUCCCUCUUGGUCCCUCGCAGCACCAGACAGGACUGACUGUGGAGAAGGAAAAACGACCAGUUCCUGGAUGGAGUGAGAAGAUGGCACAAGGAAUCCUGACAGGAGCGUCACGGUUUAGUCUAGAGCUGGUAAAAGGAGCAGAGGCCACAGGUCGGGCCAUUCAUAAAGGAGCGGCCAAGAUCCGGGACCACGUCACGCCUGAGGACACGCCCUCAGAGGUCAGCCCCCGGGUCAGCAAAGGUCUGCAGGUGGCUAAAACGGCCACUGGGGGAGCUGUGCGAGUCAGCCAGUUCUUGGUUAAUGGAGUGAGUACAGUGGCAGGACAUGUGGCAGAUAAGGUGGCGCCACACGUUAAAAAACACGGUGCUAAGCUGGUCCCAGAGUCCAUGAAGAGCAAAGAUGGCAAGCCUUCAAAUUUGGAUGGAGCCAAGUUAGUGGCAGCCACCAGCGUUCAAGGUUUCUCUACAGUUUGGUCUAGUCUGGAGACUGGAGCAAAGCUGGUUGGCAAAAGUGUUACAGCCGAGACCGUCACAACUGUGACCUACAAGUACGGUAAUGAUGCAGGUGAGGCCACGGACAAAGCUCUGCAGUCGGUGGUCAAUGUCGGUGUGACUGCGUACCACAUUGACAACCUGGGCAUCAAAGCCUUCAUGAAGAGCGCAGGCAAGCAGACGGCCAAGGCCAUGAUCAAAAAACCAGACGGAGAGACAGCAGAAAUUAAGGGGAAGGAGGCGCCGAAGAAAGAAGAGGAGGUGCCGAAGAAAGAAGAGGAAGUGAUGAAGAAAGAAAAGGAAGUGAUGAAGAAAGAAGAGGAGGUGCCGAAGAAAGAAAAGGAGGUGCCAAAGAUAGAAAAGGAGUUGCCGAAGAAAGAAAAGGAAGUGAUGAAGAAAGAAGAGGAGGUGCCGAAGAAAGAAAAGGAAGGGAUGAAGAAAGAAGAGGAGGCGAUGAAGAAAGAAGAGGAAGAGAUGAAGAAAUAAGAUUUCCACAGGAUGUGCGAGGUCUGAUUGAUGGGUCACUAUCUCAUUUGUACAUUUAUAAAAGGAAGUAUAGGCCAUUUGUUUUUGGAAGAGAUGUUUUUUUGUUUUAGAUAAGGAUUUAAAAACAAGCUCAGGUAGUAGCUGAAAUCAAAGUCCAGAUCUAUUUUAAGCUAUUUAAGUUAUUUAUAUACCUCAAUGCUUUGAAUUAUCAUAAUGUGAUUUUUAACUUAGAUAACAGUGAUCUGUCUAAUAUUCUUUACAACAACCUGUUCACUGGCUAAAGGUCUACUAGUGGAUGUACAGCUACAGCCGGAUAUGACCUCCUUCAUAUUGAGAUCUGUAUGAAUCUUGUGAUAUUAUGCACAAAUGUUAAAUAUUAAAAAACUCUCACACUUAA